GAAAAGUCAAAUGUAUCUUGCGCAUUGGUUUUGAUUAAUGCCAGCGAUUUACCGUCUGCUGCUUGUCUGCUACUAUAUAAUCCUGCUGCUGGGAUUUUCCUUCUUCCUGAUACUCUUCUACAACUUCUCUCUGCUGUUCUGUUCUCUUGGUAAUGAGAUGUCGGUCUUACCAUCAGUAAUAGUCAAUGCAACUUCUAAACAUACGGCUUCGGUGAGUCUUGCUAUAAUACAAGUUUGCAUGUUCUUUUUCUCAAUAUUGAAGACUUUAAUAAAUUAGCUUCUAACUUUUUUCUGGUAAUACUUCAUUUCUUUUAUCUCCCGCAAGGCUCUUAUUUUUGGGUUUUUUACCUCUGAAUUUAAACCUUCAUGGAAGAUUUACUUCCGUAGUUUCAGUUUGUUGGUUUACAUUUGACAAAUGGCGUUUAUGAUUUUGAGGGAGGCUGAUAGUCUUUGGUAGAAUUAUAUAGGUGACUUCUCAUUAAUGCACCGUAUCAUCGCAUAACCUCAUACCCUGUAAGCUUAACGUUGAAUACUUCAUGUGAAAAUUAACUUAUUCUCACACCUUGGUAAGAAAUAGUGCGAUAGUGUGUAUUUUUUGAUUCGUGAACAAUAUCCCAUUGUCUAUAUAUCAACCAUGGUAAGAUUAAAACUUUGAUUUCUUUGACGAUUGAAUCUCAUAUCCAUGGUAAGAUUAAAACUUUAAUUUCUUUGACGAUUGAGUCUCAUACGAGGAAGACCACAUUUUUUGCAAACUCAAACUUGUAACGAGAUAAAAAUUUCUUGUUUUGACAGUCGGGUGUACCACUCUUGUUAGAAGUUGAAUAUAGCUGUCAGUUUAAAGUCAUUUUUCUUUUUUAGCGUCUAGGUUAUUACUAAAUAUUCAUUGUUAUGACAAUUAGUGUACAAAUAGACAUUAAAUUUAUAUCUUCAAUAUUUAAAACAGCUGACAUUAGGAAAUUAUUCUGGUUAACAUGAUUACAACCCAGUUUGAUUGCUAAUUUAACACGUUGUAUUAUGUAUCUGAAACAAAAAAAAUAAAAUAAAAGUACAUUAAUAAUUUAACCCAAAUUUUAUUUUAAAGUACAUCAUAAUGAUAUAGUUUGUAUCUACAUGACUGCAUAAUUUUGACUUACUAAAUAUGUAAGGAAUAUUUUUUGUACAUGUAUGAGUUCUUUCUUUCCAAAUACUACGAAUAAGUAAAUAAAUAAGAUAAAAAGAGUGUUCUGGGUAAAGUAAAAUGGGUCCGUUGUAGGUGAAGUAUGUGCAAUUUCUUUGAAAUCUACAAAGAGCGGGGAUUACAGUUCAUCAAUUUAGUAUUUACGGUAGUUGCAGGAAAAUGAAAAUUGACUUUCUGGUGACUUAAGUUUGAGUUUCUUAGACAUGGCUAUUUCUCUUGACCACUAACCCAUUUUGAGUUUAAAACAAACUCGGUGCUCAAAAAGUUGCUGUUUAUGUGUGAUUUGAAUCCUUAGCAUUGGUGGCAGGUACAUGUACUACACUCUAGACAAUUGAGCUAAUAAGCCAUUUGGGAGCAGGUCAUUAGUCUACAGUGUAUUUUAGUUGGUUAUUAUUAACCUGUUUGAAUCUCUUAUAAGCCCUGAACUUUUCUUGGCCUUGUGUCCACAACCUCCAAAGUUGUGUCUUUACAUUAAUUCCUCAUCGCACAAUUCAGGUAUAUUUUGAUUUUCAUAUACUAGUUGUUUAUAUCUUCAUCAUUUUACAGGUUUGUAAUGUACUAACUAAAUGGCUAGCUCCCAGUUGGCUUGUUAGGUCAAUUGGUUAGAGCAUAGCCUGCGUAGCAAGCAUUUCCACGCCAGGUCGUCGAGAAAAGUUGGGACGAGAGCAAAAAAAAAGAAUGACAGGGGAGGGGGAGGGGAAAGAAGGAAACGCUUGCCCGCAAACCCCACAAUUUUGAAAAACUGCAUUCGCCCACAAACGCAGCUUCUGAUUGGUGCGGUGCUGGUAGUGUUGAUUACUUAACACUCGAAACAUCAAUCAAACCAGGUAUGCUUUGUUUACUUGCGACACAGAUCUGGUCUUAUCUGAUUUGUGGUCGCAGAUUACCAAUUGUUUGGACUGAUUUGAAUCGUGUUUGUGCGAAGGUUUAUGAGAUCAGAGUCUUUAAAGUAUAAAGGGAGAUCGAGCAGUGAAGACUAGGGAAAGCCAAUUUAUUGGGAAUGACUGCGUGCGGAUCUGACUGGAAAAAAGGGCUGUUUGUUGGAGAUAACAUCAACGUAAAUCAGAACAUUAGUACUCGACACUAGCUAAAGCCGCCAUGGACAACCGAUUUGUCAGCUUUUUGAAAUGAAAAGAUUGUUUUUGUUUAUUGGAAAUUUAGCGGCAUGUAUUGUAGAGAAUGUUUCGACACUGGCUGAAGAGCAGCCGCUCUGCAAAACUUAUAGCUGGUGGAGUGAAUUGUUCCGGACAAAUCAUUUUUGACGUUUCGACAAGGUUUCAGACGAGAUAAAGCCACACAAUAAAAAACAAGAAAUUUCGCAGCAAUCACUCAGAGUUUUAACCUUCUUUUAUAGUAAACCUUUUUUAUUACUGUGCAGUUUUUGCAAUUGCCUGGAAUGUGUUCUAUCAGAGAACAAAGUAAUUUUACAAAUCUGGUAAUCCACGGGUAAUCUUCUCGUUAUUCUUUUAUUUUGAUGAGCUGUCAAUUUACAAAUGAACCGAACCGUGAAAUAUCAAGGGGCGUUUUCCAGAAUCGUGAGGUUUGCGGGCAAGCGUUUCCUCUUCUCCCCUCCCCCUUCCACAGUUUUUUUUUGCUCCCGCUCCCCCCACCCCCCCGUCCCGCUCUAACUUUCGUGCCAUAACUCGAUUGGAAACGCUUGCUACGCAGGCUAGUUAGAGCGGUGCACUGGUUUUACAAAGGUCAAGGGUUUGAACCAUACAUGUACAAGCCUGCAUUCUUUCUGGCUUUCUUUUAACAAGUGUACUGCUCUCUCCCAGAGAAUUGAGUGUGCAGUUUGUGUGGGGUAUGUAUUGUCACUUUUUACAAAUCUGGAGCCUUUCCAUCAUGCUUUGUUUUGUUUUUGGUUAUGUUUUUGCUUGUAAACUGGUAAGAAGGCCUUCCAAAUGUUGAUUGGCGAACACCAAACUCAAGUGGCGUUUUAUACCUUGAUGCUUUCUUACUGCCCAAAUCUGAAAGCUUCAAGCACUUUGAACAAAACAAGUUGGUAUAGCUACAAACACUUUGUCAAAUUACAUGUCCUAAGGGCUGAUGUUUCAUUGGUCAAAAGUGACACGUAUAACUACAUACCAGGGCUUCUGGUAGGUUGCGGAAAAAACUCAAAUUUCGCGGGAUUUUCAGAGUCAAAUUCAGGGACAAAACAUCCUAUUUUGCGGGAAUUUUGGGGGAAAAUUUUGCUGACAAAUGUUUGGUUUUCCACAGAUUUGACAAAAGUUUUUAAUGGAAAUAGACCGCAAUUUUGAAUUUUGUGGCUCUGCGACGACGUGAAAUAAUCUCAGAAGCCCUGACAUGUAGGCAAAACAGUUAGUGUUGUUGCUUAAUAACAGGUUGUAUUAAUAGUGCUGCAUAACAAUCUCCAAUAGCAACUUACAGCAAGCAGUUCAUUAGGGCCUAGAAGAAAAUCUGGGAAUUAAUAUACUAUAAUAAAAGAGUACAUAAUGUAGUCAACAUAAAGUACAAGGUUUACUGAAGGCUUGACCACAUGGUAGGACUAUGUAGGACAGUAUUUUUGUUUUAAAAAAAUGCAAAUUAAUUUAGGGCUCAUAAAAAUAAAGAAAAACUGAUUAUGUCAUAUUGUGUUGUUUUAGUUGAUUUUCCUUCAUGGUCUUGGAGAUACUGGGUAAGUGAGUAAUGUUCUUAUAGUAAAGACAUAAUUAUCUACUCUUCCAGAGAUGUCACAUUAAAGCAAAUUAAUGUGACCUGCGGUAUAACUUAAUAUUCAUUUUUAAUUGCCUGAAACAGGAUGUUGAGUCCCACUCCAAAGCAGUGAAUAGCCAAGUUUAUUCUAAGUUUCAGGAGCCAAUGAAAAUGUGUGAAAAUUGCUAUCCAUUUGAUUUGGUAAAAUACCACUUCAGUAAUAAAUAUUAUGAAAUAUUAUGUACACUGUAACCACUUCAUAGCCAAAAGAUACAUUUCUACAUGUUAUUGGGAAUUGAUUAUUCUGUUAAACUUUGUUUUCUUUGUUAGACAUGGUUGGAGUCAAGGAUUCAGUGGUUUAGGAAUUAAUCAUUUAAAAUCUAUUUGCCCAAAUGCGUAAGUACCUCAUAAUAUUAUAUUAUUAUGUUAGUUUCAGUAGAACCAUCUACAGUACUUCUUGUAUUCCUGGGUUCAAUGUAAUAAAUCUUCUAGUGAAUUUACUUGUAAUUUGCAAGUGAAACCUUUAUUUUAGAGUCUGAAAACAAUAGCUACACUUGUACGAUACACUGUCUUGUAGGUGUUUUAUUAAAUUGACCCCACUGCUACAGUUUUCUAAAGGCACAAAUAAUUCCCAAGGGGAGGGGGAUGGAUGGACUGUCAAAUUCACUGGGAUAUAAUUUGGUACUUGAAACAUUGCAUGUGAAAGUUUUUUAUUUCACAUUUGUUAAUUGAGCAAGUUGGUACAUGUAAGCAGUGUCCAUACCAUGGGUGACUGUCAUUUCUACUGAAAUGAAAACUCUUACAAUGUACAUAUUCUUCAUGAUGAAGUAUUACAUUCCCACUUGAGUGGUGAAGAAUGGUAUAUCCAAAAAUGGCUAGUCUCACAAAAUAUAACACAAGUCUCACAUUCUCUAGUUCAUUUUGGAAGAGACUCUUGGAAUCUUAGGUCUACUCGCCCCAGUCCUCUCUCAAAAAUCGAAGAAAAUGCAUGUAGUGUGCACUUUCUGCAGCUCUGCCGCAACAAGGAGUACGGUGACCCCCAUAUUUUAUUUCAUGAUUUUAAUAAGAACAGUGCUUCCUUUCAAUGAGAAAAAAUAUAGGCAUGAAUCUAUGUUCAGUUUUUUGACAAUUUUACUAAUUUGUGUGGAUUGAGCUAGAAUGGGUCCAGUAGCGCGUCUCAAAAUUAAGCUUACUUUGGAGUGUAAAGUAAAAACAAGGGCAAAAAAGGCAUUUUUCUGGUACGUAAGUGGAUAAACAAUACAUUUAAUUCAAAUUCUGUGCAAUACCACGUGCAUCAUCUAAAAAAUCUCUCCUUUUUGUCUAGCUUUGGGCUGCGUGGGGUUUUUGCUAAAGGGUCCUAAAUAGCUGUAUUUGUCAGCAUUGUGACAUCAAAAUGAGCAGGGUGACCCCCACUUUUUAUUACUUUUUUAUCAUCUUCUUGACUUGUUACAUCAGUGCACCAAGUUUCAUCUACAUUCUAUGUUAGGGCCUUUUACUAAGGAAUCACCUUAAUGCACUCUUGAACAUUUUGUAGAUCAGUUAUUCCAGUGACAUUAAAUGCAGGAUUUAGGAUGCCAGCCUGGUAAGUGAACUGUUACAACAGGAAUUUUAAUGAAUUAUUUGUGAACAUUCAUGCCAUGCUUGAGGCUGAAUUUUAGUGCUCACACCAGAGCCAUAUCCCAUGGUGAUUAAUCCAUACUGUUGUCAAGUACAAGUACGGUAAUCAGGGUUGUCACUAAGAUUUCAAGUUGCCGGGUAUUAUUUUGUUGUUAGUAGCCGGGAAAGUCGCAAGCAUUCAUGGACGCCCCAACCCCCGCCCCCUUACCCCACAAGAGGUUUUUGAAGUGCAACUUCUACCAUUUUCCGAAAGGCAUUACCGCCCCGAAAAAGCAAUCUUCAUCAAGAGUACAGCUAUCAUUAGCGGUUUUAUGAUGAUCACGUCUUUAUUAAAGAAAACUACAACAUUCUGAGACACUAAAAUAAUAAGUUUUUACUUUACGUAAAGGCUCGUUGGAGGGUUUUUUUAGUGGCCGACAAAUGGGAAUAUACAUGUAAGCACCAGGUCUGAAAAAAAUGACAGGUAGGCACCGGUCACGUUAUCUGCGCAGUCUUAUCUUCACGUAGACAAGGCGCAUGCUGGCCAGUGAACUUAACAAAUGUUAAAAAUGUGGAAAGGACAAUCGAUUCUUAUUAUGGUGCAAAGGAAUCAACAUGCGCUGUAAAAUCAAUUAUAAAUCCUCAUUUAGUUAUACGCAAGAAUGAAACAACUUACGGAAAACAAAAGUAAAACUGAUAUUACAAAUGAAUUAACCCAAGGAGAAGCGGAAAGACCACAAGCGGACGAUGAAUGUACGAAAAAGCAUAAGCAACAUAAGGUUACUAUGGUUUGUUGAAAAAUAAAAGUAUGAUAAGGCUAAAACAAGCGUAACGUACGAAAAAUCGCGGGAUAAAAUAUGGCAAAACUUAACUGCACAACUGGCAACAUUAGUGGUCUCGAAUUUAUGGACGAAACAUCACUUAACAUCCGAAGAAACUGACCCACGGAAAAGAGUUUAAAAGACAGGGCUAAUACUUUAUCAACGAUGCUGAGAUGUCAAAAUGAGACUCAAGGAGAAGAAUGCAAAAGUAAUGCUAAUGCUUAACUUCCCUUUUAUAUAUAACCUCUUGGAAGUAGAACUGAGAGGAUGUGAUCAUGACCUGCGGACAAUGAUCGAACAUUUCCCGUUGACCGUGCGUUAUUUUAUAUACUCGAUACCUAAAGCUAAAUGUAGACCUGGUCACUUGAAUGUCAAUUUAUUAAACAUAGCAAUCAGUCAUAGUCUUCAUAUCCAAAGCCUUCAUCAUAAUCCUCAUUAUCAUCAACAUCAGCAUCAGGGAGGUUUAACGCUCGGAUGAAGCCUCAACUUCUUGUCUGGUGUCAACAGAGAUCUGCUCAGCUCUUUCAUCGUGAACAAAGAGUGCAGAUUCCUUUGCCACUUCUUCGACAUUUUCAACACAAAGCCGACACAAAGGUUGAAACUAGGGACUUUCAGCACCGACAAAGGUGACGGCAGCAAAAACGUCACUUUUAAAAUGAAUUGGCGUUUUUUCUAACUUUGUCGCGUUUAUUUCAAUUCGCUGAAAAUAGCUAAUGUAUGCCAAUUUCCCUGGAGUAGAUUUCUUUGGGACCGCACUCAAGUUUAGAAAGAGAAACAAAAAGUUUGUCGUCCCUUUUUUACGUCAUCCAUAAAACGUGAAACUAGGCAUUUCCACGUCGUAGUCGCGUGCAGUAACGGCAAAGAAAUGUACAAAAAAGCGUGAUGCACGUGUAAACUAGUUGUUUUGCUCAGUAAACCUAUUGCUUUUUUGACGUUCUCGUUGCCGUCGCCGUAGUGGUUGCUAAAACCCCCUACUGACGUUUCGCGAACGGAUAGUUUUCGCGCGUCUGUACUAGUACCAAAUGUAAGUCAGAUGUCUUUUUCCCACAUUUCUUAGUUUUUGCACGCGAGUAUUUCAAAAUUACUUAAACCUGCUGCAGAUGAAACUUGCAUUUAGUUUGAUGGAUAGUCUUUGUGUGUUUCAAAGGUGUGCUCUUUUGGUUUAAUUUAACGACGAAAGUAGCCGGGGGCCAUGCUCUGAGUAGCCGGGGGAAAUCCCCGGCCCCCAGCCCUUAGUGAUUAUAAUAAUAAUUAUCAGUUCACACAUUCUGUUGCACAAUAAGUGUUUGCAUCCAACAAAACUAAGGGUCACAGAACUUUGUACACUUAUUGCUGUCUUAAUUGUUGCUAUUCAGUGAUGUAUUGAAUGAUAUUGUUAUCUGAAGGGCUUCAGGAAAGAGCAUGUUUGUGUUACAGCUGUAGUUUCUUAAUUUUUGAAUGCAUGCUAAAUUUACAUACAAAGAUUUUUACUUAUUGUCACUUGUUUUUGCGUUAAGGAAGCAUUAUAGAUACUGUUAACAUUUUCUCAACAAUUUCCACUAUUCUAUAUGUUGGCAGAAAUCACAUAUGCAAAAAUGUCUACUUUCCUGGUGGUUUCUCUUGUGAUAUAUCACGGACUUGCAUAUCAAAACAAUGUGUUUAAACAAACACUGAAACUUUUUAACUAUUAUUUGGCAGUAGUGAGUUGAUGCAACAUGACAGCAAAAAGAGGAGGACAGCAAAUGCUUGUGUGCGACAAACUUGACAUGACUCUCACUGUACUUGCGUGUUUUUUUGUGAUCUUAACUGAACACUACUGUGUUUUGGCCUCUUUCAAAAAGAUCUAUCAAAAGAAAGGAGAAGUUCGGCGGAAAGUUUUUCAAAAAGUCAUAAUUAUUCUUGUGCUUGUCACACACGAUUUGCUGUCUUCUUCCCUCCCCCAUCCUGUUGUGUAAGUUCACUAAUAUCUGUGGCUAUCAUGCAGCUCAGGGCUUGACAGUGGCCUCAAAAUUGCUUUAUUUAACUUCUCAACUGAAUUGUAGUAUGUGUAGGCCGUUUUUCUAACAAUUGAAAUAAUUUUGCAUCAUUUUUGUGAGUUUUAUAUCCUAUUAAAUCAUAUUUUAAGUAGUUAACGACUAGGAGCUAUGGUCGUUAGUGUUUUUGUGUUCUUUCGUGGCAUGUUGGCUCUCUGUAGGGCUGUUGCUUGACUGUUUUAGCAUUUGUAGCAUUUGCCACUGUUUGUGAGCAUGGGGGCAGAUUCCUGUCCAGCAGUAUGUCGCUUCUGCACAUGUGCAGGCCAUGGCAGGUGCCUACAUUGUGUUUGCGUUUUGCUCAAAGAUUUGUUGGCGUGGCAUUCUUUUCUAGUAGCAUAGCAUUUCUCUUGGUUCUGUCCAAAUUUUGGUUGGGGUGGGGUAUUUUGGUGGCAGUGGAGCAGGAGCCGCAAGUAAUCCUUGAUGGUAAGCUCAUGGUUUCCUCGUCAUAACGUAGGCAAGUGGAAAUAGAAGACAUUUUGACUUGGACUGAAGCCUUCACUAUUUUUCAUAUGAUGCUGUGCGCAGUACACCCUCAUCGUUGGCCCGAUCUGACCAUGUAUUAGCUGCUUAUCAGUCAAAUGGCAGGUCAGUUCUCUGGUUCAAAUGGUGUCUCAUCCUCGAACUCUCAUCUCCCGCCAGGCACAGCAUGUACGAUGGCAUCCCCAAGCCUUCCUUCACAGUGCAGUUUGCAUCAGUCAAUGAGUUAUUGACGGCAUCAUGGCCCAUGGUCAUGGAAUGCUGACAGCUAAGUUUGAUGUGGCCAGUGCAUACAGGAAUGUGGUUAUCCAUCCAGACAAUUGCCCCUUACUUGGGAUGCAGUGGCAUGGUUGAUAUGCUUCUCCCUUUUGGGCUGCAUUCUGCACCAUUUAUUUUCACAUCCAUUGCAGACCUGGUUGAAUGGAUCCUGGUUCAUAAUUAUGGCAUGGACUUCCUACGCCACUACCUAGAUGACUUUUUUACCCUUGGCCCACCGUCGUCCCAGAUCUGCCACUCCUAUUUACUUACCCUUGUUCACCUUUGCCAAAUGCUAGGCCUCCCCCUUUAUCCUGACAAGUUAGAGGGACCUGCUACUUGCUUAACUAUCCUCGGGAUUGAACUUGACUCCCAUAGGCUUCAGGCUCACCUUGCCGCAGAGAAAAGAGUCUGGAUUGCUGCGUUGCUUGAAGAGUGGUCCACCAAACAUUUUUGUAAGAGGAGAAAGUUGGAAUCCUUGAUUGGUCACCUCCAUCACACCUCCAAGGUUGCCCCACAGGGGAGGGCAUUUCUUCGUCGAAUGAUUGACUUGGUUUGUGCCUUCCGCCUGGAUGAUCAUCAGGCUAAACCAAGAAUUCCGUCAGGAGCUUACCUUGUGGCAGGAGUUUUUUCAGACCUGGAAUGGCCUCAGUUUCUUUUGCAUGCCCAUGUGGGUGCCCGUCCUGGACUUCCAAGUCUCCUCAGAUGCAGCAGGCUCCCUGGGCUACGGGGCUAUUUUUAAUGCCCAGUGGUUUUGCGGUGCUUGCUCAAGGAAGCAAAAGUCAAUAUUGAUCACAUACAAGGAGUUCUUCCCCAUUGUUGUUGACGCCGCUUUAUGGGGUUCUGAGUGGGUUUCUCAGCAGGUCGAGUUCCUGUGCAACAAUGAGUCAGUGGUCUCUGUACUUAAGUCUGGCUCUUCAUGGCACCAACAUUUGAUGGAGUUGCUGCACCAUUUGUCCUUGCUGGCUAUAUGCCAUUCAUUUGUGUGUAUUGUGUCUUCAGUUCGUGGCAAGGUCAAUCCAGUAGCUGAUUCCCUCUCACACUUUCAAUUUGAGCGUUUUCGUUGUCUGGCACCUCAAGCCGACUUGACUCUGUGCGUGAUUCCUUAGUCGCUUCUGACUUUUGCCACCAGGUUGGUCGCCUGAACAGGGAUGGCUCCUUCCUUCCUACCGAUGAGGAGACUCUCAUUGGCUUUGCUAACAAUGUACACUCUUGGCCGACAACUUGACCCACACAUCUAUUAAAGUAUACUCGUCAGUGGUAUGCUCCCUUCACGUGACCGUGGUUUGUUGGAUCCUUUCAUCAACUGCCUUUAUUUGCAGCGUUUGGUAAGUGGAAUAUAGCGGCUUGAUUAGGUCCAGUGUCACCCAGAUGCUUCUCUAUAACCCUGGAUCAUCUGCGGAUGAUUCAGCUUGGACUGGACUUCUCCGGGAGAGACCAAGUGAUGCUGUGGGCGGCAUGCUAUUUGGCUUUCUUCAGUUUCUUACAUGCUGGGGAGUUUACGGUGAAUUCAGCAUUUCAACCUAGUAUCCAUGACUAUUGAUGACUUGCAAACUGACUCGCUGGUGAACCCUACCUGUUUUAAAGUUCAUAUCAAGUGCUUGAAGAGUUAUCCGUUUUGCAUGGGCUGUGAUAUAAAUGUGGGGCAUGCUGAGAGAUUGGUGUGUCCCAUCUGCGCUUUGGGUGACUUUCUGGCUCUGCGUGGCUCUUCUGAGGGACCUCUCUUUACAUUUAGUGAUGGUCACCCUCUUACUUGGCAACAGUUGUCUUCCACAGUUUGGUCUAUCUUACACUCCUGCUGGUUAUACUGGCUCCUAUUCAGGCCAUAGCUUCCGUAUUGGGGCAGCAACUACGGCCGGUGCCGGGGGAGUUCCGGAUCAUCUGAUCAAGAUCCUAGGUCGGUGGUCCAGUGAUGCCCACCAGAUUUAUAUUCACACUCCAGUUAGCUCCAUCGUCCAGGUCUCCAGACAACGGGUUGCAUAGCAGGUAUCUCCAUUACCAUUUGGACUGCAUUGGGGUUGGGUGUCUCAGGCUUGGGCCCUCGGGGCCUGUGGCUCUGUAGCCUCGAGCCCCCUUGGUUGCUUCAGGUUUUUCUACCUGGAGGUCUCUUCAGCCUGGCACGGGGAGGCAGGUGGCUGGAUUGCAGGUUGGUAGGCCUGUGGGUGUUUCUCUGCCUUGGGGUGUGCCUGUGGUUGCAGCCUCCUGGACCCUAGGUACCCAAGCUCCACUUGCAAUGAGGGCGUUAAAUACUAUUAAAUCGUAUUUAAUCUAGUUAAGGACUAGGAGCUAUGGUCUCUAGUGUAAUUUUUUGGCAUUCUUUGGUGGGAUGUUGGCUGUCUGUAGCGCUGUCCCGUGACUAUGUUAAUGUUUAUAGCGUUUACCAUUGUUUGUGAGCAUGGGGGCAUAUUCCUGUCCAGCAGUCUGUCACUUCUGCGCAAGCACAUUCCAUGGCAGGUGCCUACGUUGGGUUUGUGUUGUACUCGAAGCUUUGUUGGCAUGGUGUUCUGUUCUAGUAGCGUAGUGUUUCUCUUGGUUCCCCUCCCUCCCUCCACUUUCUUGGUCUAGGGUCCUCCCCCCCUCCUGGGAUUUUCAUAUUACUUCCACUAAGUUUCUGGCCUCAUUGUGAUGGGUGCUACAGUGGGGGGCUGGGCACAGGGGUCUUGCAGCUGGGUUGGGGGUUGGUAGGCCUGUGGGUGUUCUUCUGCCUUGGGCUGUGAUUGUGGUUGCUGCCCCCUGGGCACCCAACCUCCACUAUGCAGGCAUUAAUGACUGAUUAGCCCUAAAAACCCCUUACAGACUGUCACAUGCAUAAGAAAAGACUUUUUUGUAGUACAAAACUAACCUUGCCAGUUGUAUUUUGUUACAGGUUUGACAUCUAUUCUUUAAAUCCAGGGCAAAGAGAAGAUGAUGAAGGAAUAAAGAGUUCAGCCAUAGAAAGUUUGUAUCCAGUAAUUUAAUGCUGUGCAUGACUAAAACUAGAUUUUGUAAGACAGUGCUAGCGUUAUUAAUAACAAUUAGACGGAUUGAAACACACACCUGAUGUAACGAGUCUUCACUAAUAGCCAAUAACAUCAGGGCUUAACUGACAGAUGACCAAUAACAUUGCGACUUAACUGACCAAUCAGGUCAAUAACCAGAGUUUAAUACCCUCAACUGACGUGAUACAACUCACUUUAACUCUGAAGAUGAAAUUCUGCACAGGUUGUAGAAAUGGGAGUCACUGUCAACAACAACAUAACAGUCCUAUUCAGGACUACAUUCACCCAGAAGAACAUACUCAACCUACUUACAUUGAGUCAAUAGCACAGACAUGUAUUUCAAUAUUUACAAGGUAAAUACACUUUGUCACACUCUCAGUAAGCCAGUUUUCUGACUGGCCAUCAUAAAUGGAUUGAGAUUGUAUUAUCAAGAAAGGAACAAUUCUUUAUCUUUUUAUCUUUAAUCAGUUAAUUAUCAAUAGUACAGGCUAAUCAUUGCAAUGUGUGGUUGAUGGCAAAUAACUUGUAACUAUGGCCUUAAACAUGGGCAAAGAAGGAGUAUUAAUAACAGUCCUUAAAUUUGCAAUUACUUACCGGUAUUUGGGAAUAUCCUGAACAUACAAUCUGUGACAUUAGAACUUUCAAAAUUGAUGGAAUAACAGUGACAUGUUGUUCUUGACUUCCCUUCCCCUGUGCCUUUCAAUGUUGGCCUUGAACUUGGACAAUUCCACCGCAAAACCAUUACAAAAUAACAUUGGAAGAGAGAAAGACAGGUAUCAGAGCAGUUUGACCCAAGUUGAGUGUCCUUGAUUGUAGCUCCAAACUGCCAACUGAUAGUGUACAAGGCCAGUCUUAAAUACGGAAUUGCAAAUGCCCCAUGGUGGGUGUGCUCUGUUUUGAUAAAUAUUAAUGUACACAAUGUCACUUGGGUGUGAGAAAGUAUGUAAGUCACCAAUGUAUGUUAAAAUAAUUCAGAAAUUAGAAAAGCUGUAAUUAUAAACAACAGGUGCAGACUCCUCAGGCUCUGUCAUGAUAAACUAACAUAAGUAGGUUACAGAGACUCUUAAAUGGACACAAAACUUACAGAGCUUUGCAAGAUUCCAAGUAGACCUUUCUAGAAGUCCGUGCAGGCUUACACGAUGGGCGAACACUGGAGCUGUAACAUUUCUUGUAUUUUCAGUAAGGAAGUUAGUUGAAGAAGAGAUCAAAAGUGGGAUACCAUCAGACAGAAUUGUAUUAGGUAUGAUUUAAAUCCAUAAUAAGUCGUUUUAUUGCAAAUGUCAAUUGCUAGCUAGCUCCAGUGAUCAAAUUUUUUAAAUAGCUAGAACUUAUGUAACCUGGGAAAGGAGGCUACAUUUUCGCUGAUAGUGAAGUAGCCUCUGCCGACAACCGUUCAAUUUUCUAUCGUGCAUGCGUGAAAUUCAUCACGCGAUUCGCUAGCAAAAUUAAUCAUCAGGUCUGUCGUCAAAUGGCGUGAGUUUUGUGGGAAUAGAAAAAUUGCGACAACUCUGAUCUGCUAUGCAAGACUCGUGCAAUGCUCUAAACCAGUCAAGAAUAGGAAAAACCCGUUGUUUUUAAAAUUUAUUUGUCCAGAUUUCUGGAUGGAUUUGAUUUGUUGUCAGCAGAGGCUACUUUUCACUUGACAACUCACACAGCAAAAAUUUAGCCUCUGCUCGCAGGGUAGAACUUAUGUUACAGGUAAAAGUUAAAUUCAGGUUAAAAUGAUUAACCUAGGUUGAUUCUCAAUUUCCUUUGUCUCCUAUCCUUAGUUAUUCAUGAAUUAGGGCUAUAAGGAGACAAAGGAAAUUGAGAAUCAACCUAGGUUAAAUCAUUUUAACCUGAAUUCAACUUUGACCUGCAACACUUGUAAGCUCCUGAGACUGAAAGUUUUGUUUAAAAAUGAUUAUAUACUAGCUAAUGAGCACCACUUAUUAACAACCAUCUGUAAGUUGGGUUCAGGUGACUUUACUCAAGUGCAUCAGAGUACCAUUGUCACUAAAUGUUAUACACUGCACAAUUAACAAUAACUUAAUCAGUAACAGAAAGAAGCAGUGGAAAUGUUUUUGUGGCACCAAAAAUAUUAUAUAUUUUUAUCUAGCUUGUAAUUAAACAUUUCAUUUAAUUCAUGGCUAUUUGGCAUAUUUACAAGUUAUUUUAGCCAUGUAAAUCUAAGGAAAAUUUGUUUGUAAAACAAUUCUGUAACAACAAUUUCAGACAUACACUGUAGAUUAUUAAAUAAAUAAAUAUUAUUAUAGAAUAGCAUUUUAAGAAGAGAGUGUGUUGUAUGACUGCAGGUGGAUUUUCUCAGGGAGGAGCCCUUGCACUAUACACAGCCUUAACCAUGGAGAAAACACUUGGUGGUAUCUUAGCUCUUAGUUCAUGGCUUCCUCUUCACAAGGAGUUUCCAAAGGUCAUUAGUAAACUUAUUUUAUUGGUGUUAUUGUUGGUUGAGUGCUUUAUUUGUUGUCGUUGUGAAUGCAAACAAGGAAAUUUUAGAUUAAUCACUGGCACAAUUUUUUACUUUUUUGCAAGUUUGAGUACAAGUUUAUUGCUUAUAUACAAUGAUAAUAUAAUUACAAUAAUUUGUACUGACCUGCAGGUAGCAAAACUAAUCAAGGCAGGUCGGUCUCAUUUUCUAUUUUUACAAUCUUAUUAAAUCAUAACAAAAUUCAAAUGUUCGUGGAGCUGUUUCUAACACAAAUGCUCAGCUGUCAGUUCAAGCAAUUAAGACAAGUGACCAAUAUUAAUUUUGUUGUCGAGAUACUCUACUUUAAAUCAGAAAAACUGCUCGAAACUUUGCAAUGAAACCAUUUGCCUGCAUUUUUUCCACUUGAGUUUGAACAAUUAUUCAGUUGACAAAGUUGCAUUAGUUUUUGAUGUACAACUGUAUAAGAGUUUCUACAGAUAAUCUAUGAGGACAGCAAUGAACAUGUAUUUAGCAGCAAUUUGUUUGUUCAUGUUGCUAGUGGCCUAAUGACCCCCAAGUCAAAUCCUACCUUUACCUUUGAUCACAUUCCUGUGAUGUCUUUGUUUUUUAUAUUUAGUGUGUUAAAGGAAAUCGUGACACUCCAAUAUUACAAUGCCAUGGUAAGUCACUUGGUACCGAGGGUGAGAAUUAUUAUGUAGUAAUUUUUGUAGAAUGACAGAAAUUUGUGUUAAUUAAAUCAUAUUUAAUUUUAGAGUUUUUGAUGAAUAUGUUUUCACAAGUUACCAGUCAAAAGCCACUCACCAAUAUUAAAAGUUCUAUUCACAACCAGUUGCUGAUUACGUAAAAGGCUUACACUGGGAACUAAGUGCUAAUGCCUCACGUUCAGUCACGCAUGGAAUCUACAUGGACUGGUGUGGGUGUCAAAAUUAAAUUCAGGUUAAAAUGAUUUAACCUAGGUUAAAUCUCAAAAUCCUUUGUCUCCUAUCUCUAGUUAUUCAUGAAUUAGGGCUAGGAGAAAAAGGAAAUUGAGAAUCAACCUAGGUUAAAAAAUUUUAACCUGAAUUUAAAUUUGUUCUGUAACACUUACAAGCUCCUGAGACUGAAAUGUUUGUUUUAAAAUAAUUAUAUAGCUCAUGAGCGGCACUUAUUAAGAACCAUCUGUAAGUUGGGUUCAGUUGACUUAGCCUGCGUAGCAAGCGUUUCCUCGCGAGGUUCGUCUAGAAAGCUGGGACAAGAGCAAAAAAAAACAUGAAUGACGGGGGAGGGGGAGGGGAACGAAGGAACCUUUUUUUUGGCUUCCGCUCUAACUUUCGCGCAAUAACUCGAUUGGAAACGCUUGCUACGCAGGCUACAGGUGACUUUUCUAAAGUGCAUCGGAGUACCAUUGUCACCUGACAACAGGGGCUGGUUACAUAAAAGGCUUACAGUGGGGACCUAAGUGCUAAUGCCUCAUGUUCAGUCAGGCCUUGAAUCUACUUGGACUGGUGUGGGUGUUAGCAAGUGUCUGACGUUAAUCUGACUAAAAAUUAGACACGGUUGGAGGUAAAUGUAUAUGUAAGCUAGUCGUAAAGUGCUCCCUAUUGGCUUUAUUCUGUAGCGGGCAUUGCAAGUAAAUAAUGUCUGGCCUAAUUAUUAGUACCUGUGAAUGUCUUGCUAUUGCAACCAUCGCCAAUGUCUGGCAUACGUCUGGCAUAGAUUAUGCCUAACAACGUCAGACAUAAGGCUAACGUGGUAUAUAAGGACUGGUGUAUAAGCAAGUUUCAUGCAACUGACCCCAGACUUCACUUUCCCACAUUAGAUUCGGUAAUCAUAUCUAAUCUGAUUAUAGAUUACACGUAUUAUCCUAGUUGAAAACACUUAGUAGACCAGGUUCAGUUACCAUACUUCACAUGAAAUAUCAAAUUGAAUUCAAUUUGAACUUUACCUGACCCAAAUUAAUUUAGGCCAUCUCCAGGAUGAUUCAUAUGCUAUCUUUAUCCUAACUAAAUUCUUACUCUGAGCUUCAGUUUGGUUCGGCGGAUGUGAAGUUUGGCAUCUGAAUCAAUGCUGUUCCACAGCCGCGAUACACUGUAUUCCCACCUGAGCCAGACGAAGAAUCAAGAAUCAAAAAUGGCAGUCCUUAUUUAGCUGAGUGAAAGUCCAGGAAUAUACAUGUAACAAUCACAAUUCUUUCCGUGCUAACAUUAUUUUUAUUAAUAACAUGUGUAAUACUAAACCAGCUGUCUUUCUACCUUUUUUAAAAAAUACUGAAAGUAACACGUUUUGCAUUGUAGGUGAUGCAGAUCCUGUGGUACCAUGUGAAUUCGGAGAAAUGUCAAAAGGUGUUUUAACUUCAUUCUGUUCAAAAGUGGAAUUUAAGAAAUAUAGCGGGAUGGCUCACAGUUCUUCAGAUCAGGUGAGCUUCUUAUCACCUUUUUUUGUAAAUUCGCAGUCAACAUAA